AUGUCGUGGCUCUCGUUCAGCACAGUCCUGCCCGCAAGACGCCUCCUGAGUCCUCUAGGACGCCUCCUGGACGCCUCCAUCUUGACCUCGACAGUUGCGGGGUAUGGGCGCAGUGUCGGAAACGAGCGCAGGAAGGAUGACGCCUCCAAAGAUGCUGGUGAUUUCGGCGAUCCCUUCAGAUUCAGCGAGUCGAUCAAUGUGGAUCGGAAUUACGAGAUCAACAACGGUCGCAUGGCAAUGUUUGCGGUGCUAGGACGCCUCCUGGACGCCUCCAUCUUGACCUCGACAGUUGCGGGGUUUGGGCGCAGUGUCGGAACGAGCGCCAGGAAGGCGUUCGACCCGGCAGUGCAGCAGGGCGUGACCGAGCCUCUCGGAUUCUUUGACCCAGCCGGCUUCAGCAAGGGCAAGGAAGAGGCAGGAUUCCGCAAUCUCAGGGUAGCUGAGCUCAAACACGGCAGAGUGGCGAUGAUGGCUUCGGUCGGAAUGGUCCUGCCGCAUUUUUGGAAGGCUCCCGGUUUUCAGGACGUGCCUUCUGGCAUUGGAGCCGUCUUCACAGAAGCGGGCGGUGCCGGCUUUGUUGCACUGUUCUUGGGGGGGGCUUGCACGAGCUGGUUCUGUGGAAGGAUGACGCCUCCAAAGACGCUGGUGAUUUUCGGCGAUCCCUUCAGAUUCAGCGAGUCGAUCAAUGUGGAUCGGAAUUACGAGAUCAACAACGGUCGCAUGGCAAUGUUUGCGGUGCUAGGACGCCUCCUGGACGCCUCCAUCUUGACCUCGACAGUUGCGGGGUAUGGGCGCAGUGUCGGAACGAGCGCCAGGAAGGCGUUCGACCCGGCAGUGCAGCAGGGCGUGACCGAGCCUCUCGGAUUCUUUGACCCAGCCGGCUUCAGCAAGGGCAAGGAUGAGGCAGGAUUCCGCAAUCUCAGGGUAGCUGAGCUCAAACACGGCAGAGUGGCGAUGAUGGCUUCGGUCGGAAUGGUCCUGCCGCAUUUUUGGAAGGCUCUCGGUUUUCAGGACGUGCCUUCUGGCAUUGGAGCCGUCGUCACAGAAGCGGGCGGUGCCGGCUUUGUUGCAUUGUUCUUGGGGGCGGGCUUGCACGAGCUGGUUCUGUGGAAGGAUGACGCCUCCAAAGACGCUGGUGAUUUCGGCGAUCCCUUCAGAUUCAGCGAGUCGAUCAAUGUGGAUCGGAAUUACGAGAUCAACAACGGUCGCAUGGCAAUGUUUGCGGUGCUAGGUCAGGUCUUCAUGAUGCCAAGCUCGUCUCCCAAUCACCGCUUGGCCAGGGUGCCUGCCCUGCGCGGUUCUAGCCCUUGGAAGGAUCAGGCAGGCAGUCGCUCCACAUCGAGCAGCACUGCGGCACGGUGUGGCGCAGCCGGUGUCCUCGCUAUCGCAGCUGCGGGGUACGGACGCAGUGUCGGACCGAGCGCCAGGAAGGCGUUCGACCCGGCAGUGCAGCAGGGCGUGACCGAGCCCCUCGGAUUCUUCGACCCAGCCGGUUUCAGCAAGGGCAAGGAUGAGGCAGGAUUCCGCAAGCUCAGGGUCGCUGAGCUCAAACACGGCAGAGUGGCGAUGAUGGCUUCGGUCGGAAUGGUCCUGCCGCAUUUUUGGACGGCUCCCGGUUUUCAGGACGUGCCCUCUGGCAUCGGAGCCGUCCUCACAGAAGCGGGCGGUGCCGGCUUUGUUGCAUUAUUCUUGGGGGCGGGCUUGCACGAGCUGGUUCUGUGGAAGGAUGACGCCUCCAAAGAUGCUGGUGAUUUCGGCGUCCCUUCAGAAUUCAGCGUAUUCGAUCAAUUUGCGGGGUAUGGGCGCAGUGUCGGAACGAGCGCCAGGAAGGCGUUCGACCCGGCAGUGCAGCAGGGCGUGACCGAGCCUCUCGGAUUCUUUAACCCAGCCGGCUUCAGCAAGGGCAAGGAUGAGGCAGGAUUCCGCAAUCUCAGGGUAGCUGAGCUCAAGCACGGCAGAGUGGCGAUGAUGGCUUCGGUCGGAAUGGUCCUGCCGCAUUUUUGGAAGGCUCCCGGUUUUCAGGACGUGCCUUCUGGCAUUGGAGCCGUCUUCACAGAAGCGGGCGGUGCCGGCUUUGUUGCACUGUUCUUGGGGGCGGGCUUGCACGAGCUGGUUCUGUGGAAGGAUGACGCCUCCAAAGACGCUGGUGAUUUCGGCGAUCCCUUCAGAUUCAGCGAGUCGAUCAAUGUGGAUCGGAAUUACGAGAUCAACAACGGUCGCAUGGCAAUGUUUGCGGUGCUAGUUGCGGGGUAUGGGCGCAGUGUCGGAACGAGCGCCAGGAAGGCGUUCGACCCGGCAGUGCAGCAGGGCGUGACCGAGCCUCUCGGAUUCUUUGACCCAGCCGGCUUCAGCAAGGGCAAGGAUGAGGCAGGAUUCCGCAAUCUCAGGGUAGCUGAGCUCAAACACGGCAGAGUGGCGAUGAUGGCUUCGGUCGGAAUGGUCCUGCCGCAUUUUUGGAAGGCUCCCGGUUUUCAGGACGUGCCUUCUGGCAUUGGAGCCGUCUUCACAGAAGCGGGCGGUGCCGGCUUUGUUGCACUGUUCUUGGGGGCGGGCUUGCACGAGCUGGUUCUGUGGAAGGAUGACGCCUCCAAAGACGCUGGUGAUUUCGGCGAUCCCUUCAGAUUCAGCGAGUCGAUCAAUGUGGAUCGGAAUUACGAGAUCAACAACGGUCGCAUGGCAAUGUUUGCGGUGCUAGGGUCGGUGGCUCGGUGGGCUCUGCCGGUCAGGUGGACCGUCCAGCGCCGGCCCCGGCGCCAGCCCCUGGCGUUCGACCCGGCAGUGCAGCAGGGCGUGACCGAGCCUCUCGGAUUCUUUGACCCAGCCGGCUUCAGCAAGGGCAAGGAUGAGGCAGGAUUCCGCAAUCUCAGGGUAGCUGAGCUCAAACACGGCAGAGUGGCGAUGAUGGCUUCGGUCGGAAUGGUCCUGCCGCAUUUCUGGAAGGCUCCCGGUUUUCAGGACGUGCCUUCUGGCAUUGGAGCCGUCUUCACAGAAGCGGGCGGUGCCGGCUUUGUUGCACUGUUCUUGGGGGCGGGCUUGCACGAGCUGGUUCUGUGGAAGGAUGACGCCUCCAAAGAUGCUGGUGAUUUCGGCGAUCCCUUCAGAUUCAGCGAGUCGAUCAAUGUGGAUCGGAAUUACGAGAUCAACAACGGUCGCAUGGCAAUGUUUGCGGUGCUAGGUCAGAUCGUUGCCGAGCUCGCCACGGGAAAAGACGCAGUGACCGGUAUCCUUGCUAUCGCAGUUGCGGGGUAUGGGCGCAGUGUCGGAACGAGCGCCAGGAAGGCGUUCGACCCGGCAGUGCAGCAGGGCGUGACCGAGCCUCUCGGAUUCUUUAACCCAGCCGGCUUCAGCAAGGGCAAGGAUGAGGCAGGAUUCCGCAAUCUCAGGGUAGCUGAGCUCAAGCACGGCAGAGUGGCGAUGAUGGCUUCGGUCGGAAUGGUCCUGCCGCAUUUUUGGAAGGCUCCCGGUUUUCAGGACGUGCCUUCUGGCAUUGGAGCCGUCUUCACAGAAGCGGGCGGUGCCGGCUUUGUUGCACUGUUCUUGGGGGCGGGCUUGCACGAGCUGGUUCUGUGGAAGGAUGACGCCUCCAAAGACGCUGGUGAUUUCGGCGAUCCCUUCAGAUUCAGCGAGUCGAUCAAUGUGGAUCGGAAUUACGAGAUCAACAACGGUCGCAUGGCAAUGUUUGCGGUGCUAGGUCAGAUCAUUGCCGAGCUCGCCACGGGAAAAGACGCAGUGAGUCAAUUGAUGGGCUAG